AUAGUUUAUUCGAUACCGUCCUCGAUAUAACGGUACACCUUUAAUUUUGCAUCGUCUGCUCCUAGUGCUUAUCUAACUCGCUUAAAAAAAUCAUUAGAAUUUAGGUAAAAUUAUUAGGUAAUUCGGGGGGAGUUCGGAUUGGAAUAGGUUCGUGUUCGAGGAUAAGAAGCGAUUUUUCUAGGGUGGUAAUACGUAAUAAUUGUGAUUAUGUUUCGUAACGUGAUUCAAUGUCGGUAAAAUGUUGUAAAAAGUGGCAGUGUUUGUGAGCGCGCUUGCGCUUUGGUAACAGUCUGCAAAACACAGUGUCGAGACGAUUAUUACCGGUCACUGGUCACAGUCAGACAUGAGUCUUGGUCGGAGAACGUCGGUAGUCGGCAUUAUGAAUUUGUGUGUGAGAGAGAAAGAGAAGGAGAACGGUAAACAGUUUAGUGGACGGGCGACUUUGUGAAGCUAAGCUAAAUCAGUGCUAAAAUUCACCUUCAUUAUAUAAUGAGAUACAUGGCGUUUCGAAAAUUACUAAUUACUAUAUAAAAUACGCGGAGAGCAUCGUCGAAGCGAUUAUUGACAAUUCGAGUGACGGUAGUACAAUUAUUAAUUAACCAAAGUUGAUAAAUGAUUAACCUACUAAUUAACGAUAAUGUGUUUGUGUAUUUGUGAUGAAUUGAAGGAUCGUCGUUGUUAAUUUAAAUAUGGAAGUGACUCCGCAUCUGAAAAGCGUUUUGAAAAACUAUCAACACAGCGCUACGAAAAGCCUCCAAGGUCCCGGACUUUCUUCUUUAGUUACCGUGAAAAAUGAAACGCCCUCGCCCGAAAUUAAAGAAGAAGAAGAAGACGAAGAAUUCGUACCGGCUCCGAUUCCAGUUCAACAAGUACCUAUACUCACCAUUCCCGAUACGUCUUGUAGCGAACGUACCGAGACUAUACUCGAAGGCGAAACGAUUUCUUGUUUCGUCGUCGGAGGCGAAAAACGACUUUGUUUACCGCAAGUUUUAAAUUCCGUUCUAAGAGAUUUCAGUUUACAACAAAUCAAUCAAGAAUGCGAUCAAUUACAAAUAUAUUGUUCGAGAUGUACGCCCGAGCAAUUGAACGUUCUCAAAAAUCAAAGUAUUCUUCCUAGUGGUGCUCCUAGUUGCGGUUUAAUAACGAAAACGGACGCGGAAAGGUUGUGUAGUGCCUUGUUGUAUGGACAAGUGAAUACGGAACUCCGACCUCGGAAGGGAGCUUCUUCAAUACCCGUUUACCACGAGUGUUUCGGUAAAGCGACCGGUUUGUGUUAUCCCGAAUUGUACAUAAACAAAAACGCGAAAUGCAUCGAAUGCGGCGAUUGUCGAGCGGCUUUUUCUCCGCAACAGUUCGUAUGUCACGUGCACAGGAAUUUGGAAAACAGAACCGUUCAUUGGGGUUUCGAUUCCAGCAAUUGGCGAUAUUAUUUGCACGUGCCCAAAGAACACGCGCAAGAUAAUUACGAACAAUUCGUGUCCAUUUUGAACGAUAUGACACAACAAUACGAAGGAAAAAUCGCUUUUCCUACACCUCCUCCUCCUCCUACUCCUACUCCAACGGUUGUUGAACCCAUCAAACGAAAACAGGUUCCUUCUAUGGCCGAAAUCAUCAAAGAUCACGAAUUGCCGUUGAAGAAACAGAAAUUGAGCGAAUACCACAACACCCUUCAACAAAUUCCGUACAGUAUGCAACACAUUCAACAAAUUUACGCGAGUUUAGAUCCCGUGUAUAUACAAUGUUUGCAGGAAUUUUCUUCGGUGAACCGCCAUCUAUCGGCGUUUAAGCCAGUCGUGCAAGGUAUAAAAAAUUCGAAAAUAAGACACGCGAACGCCAUGGGGGGGAAAUAUACGACGGAUCCGCCGGUGUUGCAGAACCCCGAAAGAGUCGUGAUGAUGUCCGAAAGCGAACGAUUCGAACGCAGUUACCAACCGAACGUAGCUCUAGCGCCACCUACGCCGAAAAAACAUCGUUACGGAAAAUCCGGUAGGGAAUUCGUAAAUUCUAACGAGUUUAUAACGAAAAUAAAAGUCCCUUCGCCCGCGACAUUAGAAACGGAUACUCAAAUCGUGGAAAGUAUCAAAGAAAAAUCGGUUUCGGUCGUACAAAGGGCGAAAUACAAUCCGGAAAUAGAAUUAUCGACGGAUACGGAAGAUAGCGCGUCCGAAACUUCGGAAAAACACGAACUAAACAAAUUAGAAGAUAUUCUAAAAGAAGUAGAUUCGAAUAUCAAAGACAAAGUUCUCGAUUAUAUAAAAAAUAUAAAUAAAGAAAACGAAAAGUUAACGCAGGAUUCUCGUACGAAGGACGAACGAAUUAGACAGUUGGAAUUCAGAAACGGGGAAUUAUUGAAAGAGUUAAACACGUUGAAGCGGAUCAAUUCUAUUGAAAACAAUAAUCACCAUCGCGAAAACGGAGAUCUCAGUCCGAAAAGUAACGGAUCUUCUAUCAUAACUUCGACGGAUUGUAUAAACUCUAAUCACAUACAAAAAAGCGUCAUCGCUUCGAUCGGCGAACAAAAAGAUUUGAUCGUAAAGACUGCGCCAGAAUGAUCUGUAAUUGUAUACAAACAAGAGUUUUCUCUUUAACGAAAAAUUCAUUUCGGACCGAGCAAAAAUUGUCAAUUCAAGUACUGAUUGUUUUAUUGUUUCCUUUUUUUGAAACGAUCUUUUACAAAUUGAAAGAGAUUCGAAAACUCCAUUCGAAUCGCCCCUUUUAAUUUUAAUGUUAAGUUAGUACGGGAUUUGCGAGGGAGAUUCGAAUAUUAACUAAAAUUUUGCUAUAAACAUUACAGAGUCGAUUUUUUUUAUAAUUCUACUUUUUUGGUUACAAUAUAUCGGGUUAUCACGCACCGAGGAUUCAAAUCGGGAUCAUGAGGACCAACGCAAGUCAAUCGCAUCAUUUUAAUAUGUAAACAGGUUUUUUAGAAGGUUUCUCUAAUACUGAGUGUUACUUCUUUCGUGUAUCAAAAAGUGGUACACAAUAUCUUCCAUCAUUGACAGUGUGACCCUCGCUUUAACUGGCGCUUCUUCGUUUUUCCUCUAGGAGACGUGUGCAAACUACCUAACGUGUGAAUUUUGGCUCAAAAUUCAAAAGUCUCGGUGGGGAUUGCUCGCGUAAUUUCAUAUUAUCUCUGACUAAAAAACGAAUAGCGAUGCGUUACGUAAGCGAAAAAUACGAACUUCCCUCGUAAAUCGAUCGUUUAUGUUACCAUCUAUUUACAGCAAUUCGGAAACUUGGUUAAUGAUCUAACCGCCAUUACUUUUUGUACCCUUUUUGAAUUUUAUUUUUAAAGAAGAAAUGUCCUUUUUGCAUCUUUUGUCAGUUAAAAAAUAACCGAUGUUGGAUUAGAAACUCCCACCUCUACGUUUGUUUUAUUGGUAAAUAAUUUACGACAUUCCGCGAUGAAACGGCACUGUGAAAUAUCGAUAAAACAUUUUUUUUAAAUGUUAUAUCGAUGGAAAUACUUGAAAUCAAAUUUGACCCGGACGACAUUUUCACGUAUUUGUAUAGAAAUUUUUAUAAUCUAAAAUAAGUUGUUUCCAAAACCGUCUCCAAAGCUGAUUUAUAAAUUUACAAAAAUCACAAGCGUCGAAUCUGGUUUUUGCAAACUGACUCGUUUACGACGCUUCAAAACGCCCAAUUAAAUUUUCUUUUUUGAGUGUUUGAUCCUCUGGAACGAAUUCUCGAAGUUUGUUCCAAUCUGCCAGUCUGAACCGUUUUAGGAAGCGUUUAAAUGAUACUUUCUGCGUAAUUUUCGACUAUACACGAUGCCUAAAUCGGUUAGAAUACCGGCACCGUUCCAAAGACGAUUUUUUGAUGUUGACAUCAUCUCAAGUUUUUUACUGUACUAAAUGUCUUGCACCACUGAAAUAGCGAUGUAGUGGAUCCCCCAAAAGAUUUCGUAGCCGUAAUUCAUUAUAAACAAACACAUAGAUUAACACGUUGACUGCCAAAGCAAUUUUCCCAAUUUUAUUUAAUCGUAUUACGAGGACUGGCUAUUAAAUAACGAGACUGGUUACUUUCCAUACGUUUUUUCCAUUAAUCGAAGCAAUUCUGGAAAUCUUCUUUGGUGAGGAGCGACUAAAAUCGGGUCUCUUUCGAAGCAGAUCUUUUCCUAAACUUUCAAGGAAAUCUGAGCAGACCCGUUGACGCGAAAGCUUUUGGUCAGGGGUCAGAUGUGUUAUUCCUCGUGUAAAAUUUUUCUAACCGUUUCUUUGUCGGCCUUUACAGCCUCGGCAAUCAUCCGGAUUACCAAUCAACGAUUUACAUACAUAAUUUGGUUGAUUUUGGAUACUGUUUCCGGAGUAGGGGCGCUUGUCAUAUUCAGUGGUCUCUCAGCACUCAUUAAAGCGUUUACACCACUCAAAAACACACGCACGAGAUAGGGAAUUGUCCCCGUAGGCCUUCUGCAACAAUUUAUAGCACUCUGUUUGAGUUUUUUUUCAAUUUAACGAAACAUUUAAGAUUGAUACGCCCUCUAGGCGCGCAGUUUCGUUAUUUAAUAACCAGACCUCGUAUAUCAUUGAAAAUAGUAAUUUAAAUACCAAGUUAUUAUUAAAAAAGAAAAAGAAAA